UUGUUUCGUCCCUUCAUUUUAUUUGGUUAGAGACGAGUAUUAUUUUUGAUCUAGGCAUACGUUAAAAGAGGUGUCUAUUUUUGUUUUCUUUUUAAUCAUACAUAAUAAUUAAAUUUGAAAAAUAAAUUUUCUUUUAAAUUAUGCCUACCUGUCCACGAAAACGUUUCGUACGUCUCGGCGCGAAGAAACCAUGUGAACGUUUUCAAACUUCCUACGAACGUUCUUAUUACUAUCAAAGUCCAAUUCCGUGGUCUUUACAAAAGCAAGAAUAUCAUGACUUACAAUGUAAAACUGAGUUAAAAACUAAAUCAAUAAAGAGAGAGUCACCUUCCGAGCAUUACAUGUCAUCUUACAAUAAAGAAUACAAAUUGAAAAUUAUAGAAGACCGAUCUGAAACUUAUCGAAGAUCGUCCAUAGCUGCGAAACCUACAUUGAAGAAUUUUUGUGAGAAAUUUAUCAAAGAUCCAGUACGACCAUUAAUCCAUUCAACGACCAGCGGGUCGACUUACGUGAGAAGAAAAAUUCCAUUCGAGUCAUUGACGUUAUCUCAGACCAGUCCAACGGAUGAUGCAACUUGUCCAAUAGUAGACACAGGCAAACAUGAGUUUCCUACGAUCCCUUUGAACGAACUUAGUUUUUAUAAACAUUUAGAUCCAUUGGUAACCACCACUCAGAUGACACAUAUCAAUUUUACAUCGAACGAAAAAAUAAGUAGUGUCGGGAAAAAUAUUGAAAAACGAUCUAAAUGUCAUCAUUUCCUUCCAAAAACUAUUCCUACGAAAGGUCCCUUGCCUUAUCCACGUUGCACUGAUAAUCCUCCUCUGGUUUAUCCGAAAAGAUUAUGCGUUAUACCUUAUAAAGCAUAUACAACCACGUACAGCACGCAUUAUGAUUAUGUACUAACGAAUUUAUUACCUUGGCACACUGUCGUCAAAUCUCCGACUGUUUUCAAAUUGUCGCGGAAUGAUGUUUACAAGACACCUUCGAUGUAUCGUACCGAGCAAUGUCACGUGGGCACUGGCUGGCCAAUUAGAGCAGCCAUAAAUCUCGGGCCAAUUAAGUUGAAUCCACGAGAGAGCGCGCAUGCGUAGAAAUUCACUCUCGAUUUUGAUUAUCGUGAUACAUUCUCUUACAAAAGAUUAAAACUUUUUCGUUCUUUCUUUUUCACAA